GAAAACAGCGGCAGAUGACAGCAGCUUGUUGCGCUCAAUAAACAUUGUCUCCUGUAAGUUAGUGAGCUAACUCAACUUCACAUCACCCGAAAACAUCUUUCUGGACUUCAGCUUUGACUGCUAUCACCUCCUGAACAUGUCGAAAAAACAGAUUUACUAUUCUGACAAGUACACCGAUGAGGAGUUCGAGUACAGGCAUGUGGUGCUUCCAAAGCAGCUGUCUAAACUGGUGCCCUCCUCCCACCUGAUGACAGAGGACGAGUGGAGGGGACUCGGGGUGCAACAGAGCCAGGGCUGGAUUCACUACAUGAUCCACAAACCAGAGCCACACAUACUGCUUUUCAGAAGACCUCUCCCGAAAGAUUAAAUGGAAACCAUCUGUACAACACCUGCAACAGUCUUUGCUGAUAUCUAUUGUAUCUGAACCAUACAUCUCUCCUACAAACAUCUCUACAUAUGUUCUCAUUUAUUGUGUAGAAACCUCUUAGUUAUAUUGUGUUUUUUUGUCCUUUCAAACUUCCUCAGUUUUUAGAGGUAAUGAGAGGCGAACAGUUUGAUUCUCCUGUGAAUGAUAACCUUGUAAACAAUAUGAAGGUGAACGCUUGCCUAUCAGUUGUACAUUUUAACACAUUUUUAAAUUCCUUCUGAUACCAUUUUGUCAUAAUUGAUGUGUUUGCUGAAUGUCGUACAGGCAUAUGAUUUCAUUUUUCCUCAAGCUCACUAUUUUCCCCCAAAGUGCUUUCUGUGUUUUUCCUGUUCUUAAACUUAUGUUUGUGUUAUGUACAUAUUAUUAUUUCUAGAUGUUAUACAUGUUAACAGUGAGUCCUGGUUGAUUCAACACGUUUUUGUUGCUGUUGAAAGAACAAAAUUAAAUGUACUUC